CAGUGGACUUCUUGUGUCGAGCUCAGCCGCUCACACCCGCAGAGGCGAUGCCCUUUUGUGGUGGGGUCUCUUGUCAUACACAGUACAGGCGGCAUUCACGGUCUGGACACGGCGAAACAAAGGGCACAAGUGUGUUUUUAAAUGAGUCAAAUUUUGCAGCUGCCUCCGGGAUUUGGCUGUGGGUGUUUCAGCGCAGAAAAAUAACGCACAAGAAGUUGGAGAACAAGUUAUUAGUCACUCCGCAGAGGACGAACACGGCGCGUAAAGGAGUUUUGUUUUGUGCAUAGCAGUGAGGACCCGAUGCUGUCAUCCACUCCUCGUGUCUCAGCUUUGGUCAUUCAACUUGAAACUUUUGGAGACCAUUUCUGACUUUACACAACAGGAGCGCGCGCUUUAACGCUCUCAGUAUGUAGAGCGUCUGUGGGUUAGUUUACAACAACUGUCAAAGGUUUAAGAAGUGAAUAAGAGAGACUUUCUUUGCCAAAUGGUGCCCAUGGAUAAAUUUGUAGACAUGGAGGAAAAACUUUGGAUACUGGAAGACCUGAACAUGAUGUACAUACGUCAGAUUGCACUAAGUUUACAGGACAGUGACCUACAGAAAAAGAUAGACCAUGAGAUCCGGAUGCGGGAUGGCGCCUGUAAGCUUCUUGCUGCCUGCUCUCAGAGGGACCAGGCCUUGGAAGCAGCUAAGAGCCUGCAGACGUGUAGCACUCGUAUCAUGGCUUAUAUGUCCGAACUGCAGAGGAUGAAGGAGGCUCAGGUCAUGCAGAAGGUCACACGACGGUCAUCAGACGCAGGACCAAUGGAUGACCGGCAACCAUGUAAAGGAAAAGUGGCUAUCUCAGAUCUCCGUAUCCCACUUAUGUGGAAAGACACAGAGUACUUCAAGAACAAAGGAGAGCUCCACCGCUGUGCAGUGUUCUGCCUGCUGCAGCUGGGGGGAGAAAUCUUCGACACAGACAUGGUCAUCGUCGACCGAACGCUCACUGAUAUCUGCUUCGACAACACUAUUGUAUUUAGUGAGGCAAGCCCUGGGUUUGAGCUCCGUGUGGAGCUGUAUAGCUGCUGCUCAGAGGAUGAUUACUCAGCGGGAAGCACACCGAGAAAACUGGCCAGUAAACUGAGCUCCUCUCUGGGGAGAUCCACCGGAAAGAAGCUCCGAGCAGCUAUGGAGCCUGGAUCUUGUAGUCCCAUCAGUAAUGGUGCAGCAUCUCCUCUGCUGCUGCCUGUCCCAUCUGUACCGGGCCCAAAGUACCAUCUUCUUGCUCAUACUACACUGAAACUGUCUCACGUCCAGGACAACUUUCGCACACAUGACCUCACCAUCUCAGGCAAUGAGGAGUGCUCAUACUGGCUGCCUCUCUAUGGCAGCAUGUGUUGUCGCCUCGCUGCUCAGCCGCACUGUAUGACUAAACAAAUGAUGAGCGGGUCAUUAAAAGUAAAGCAAUUAGGAGGAGAGCCCCAGAAUUGGACCAAAGUGCAUGCAGUUCUCAAAGGAACAAGCCUUUCCUGCUAUCACAGGCAAGACGAUGUUGAAGCAAAUGUUGAACCAGCCUUCACCAUUGGUAUCAAUAAGGAGACCAGAAUACGAGCAUCAGAGAAGGACCCCAAUAGUAAAGGUCAGAAUAUUUGCAUCAGUAAUCAGUAUGGAGCAGACGAGGUCACGCACACCGUGACAACAGAAAGUCGAGACGACACACAUCGCUGGAUGGAGGCUUUCUGGCAACAUUUCUAUGACAUGAGUCAAUGGAAGCAAUGUUGUGAUGACCUUAUGAAAAUUGAACUUCCAUCGCCACGAAAGCCAGCCCUGGUUACACCUAAACAAGGCUCCCUUUAUCAUGAAAUGGUUAUUGAAUCAUCUGAUGACCUCAGCACCACAGUGUCAGACAUACUGGCUCGCAGGAUGCAGGAGCUGGAGCUCCGCAGUCAGCUGGGAACAUCUCCCACAUGGAUGACUCUGUUUGAGGAAAACAUCCCAAAAAGCGCCGGUCGCCCCCGUCCCUGUGAAUCUCACCUGUUGGGGUACAGCCCUUGCUCCCCUCGCCAUCCCCCCCGAAGUCCCAUUAGCCCACAGAGGUACCCACAGCUGGGUCUGUUAUCCUCUGAUGCAAGUCUGACUUCAGACAGUGACAGCCACUGCAGCACCAGUCCCUGCUCGCAGCAACAUGCCUGGCCUGACUCCAACUUCUCUCUCCUGACAUCUUCCCCAUCCCGUCUUAGGCCGCGCACUUUGUCUCUAGAUGCAAAGCUCAGCACCCUCAGAGGGCGGGGCUAUGGGGCCUUUCAAUGCUCCUGUCAGACUCCUCCAACUUCUAUUGUGAAUCCUCUUCAGACGUCUCAGUCCCCUCUGUCCCUGUGCAGCACACAGACCACUCUCUCCUGCUCGAGCUCCACCUCCAGUAACAGCUCCAGUAACAGCGAGGGCAGCCACAGCCUGGAGCUAUCUGAAGGAGUCCCCUUUUCAAGGCCCUCCCCAGCUCGCCGCAGUCUCAGGAACUUACGAGCCAGACUUGAUCCUCGCAACUGGCUUCAAAGUCAGGUGUGAGCCUUUCAUCCCUUGGAGCAAAUUCAGAAUAAACUGUAAUACACCUGGCUUAACAUAUGUGAAACCUCCCACAGUCUGCUAAGAUUUGAGCACCGUUCAAAGGACAAACUGCAUCUGUCCUACUUCAUGGGAGAGUCCCAAAUGGGAGUGUCUUCUAACGGAAAUAGGUGACAAUCAUGUUGGUUGCUCUGCACUUUAAUUGGUUGUAAACUAGUGGGGGACAUCCGACAAAUCAAAAUAUGGUACCAAGAAUUAUCUUUUAAAUAAGUCAGGUACUUUUGGGAGACGGUUCAUGAUAAUAUAAAGCUCUUUAACUCAAACACAUUUUGUUCUAUUUGUGUGUCAGCUAUACUGGCCACCUAAAAGUUUUAACUAAUAAUGCACUAGCAGCUUAUCAAUAUUGUGAUAUACAGGUUUGCAGUGUUGUUAAGAGAGCAAAUUAGCAUGUGCUCAGAUAAACAUUUGGUAUAAGAUUGUGUUUUCAGAUAAUUGUUGCCUAUACUGUGAGAACUGUUUCAGUGUAUUUUUCUCCUCAUAAGAUUAUACACUGUAGCCCUUAUAUUUUAGCACAAUUUGACUAUUUGUCAAAAUGCUAAACUUCAGUAUGUGGGAGUCUGGGGAAAGCUUUGAAUGCCUACACAUUUACUGUACUAGUCAUUACUGUGUUUACUUGUAAAACCUGAUCUGAUCCAUUCUUGCCAAUGUUUGGAAGUAUUUUCUCCAUAAAUAUGUUACUGCUAUUUUUUUACAAUGCAAUACCUCUAUGUAGAAGGAAUCGGUAAAAUAUAAAUUUCAAAAUGGCAAUACUAGAUAAUAUUACAGUAUAGGAAAAUAGGUAUGUAUGUAUGUCUUAUUUAAUUAAGUUAUUUACUUUGUCUUUUAAACUCAACAAAAAUACAUUUUCAAUUUCAUAAGUGUUACAUUUGUCAAAUGUUUCCAUGCAGCUUUUACUGUAAAAUGUAAAUUAGUUUUAUAUACUAACAAAUAAACCUCUUCUCUUUAUAUUUUGUUUGUACAUAUUCUGAUGAUGUUAUUUGCAGAGAAUGAAAGGCAUCUUGUUUGCAGGUUUUCUACUCUGCACAAUCUAAUCCUGUAUGAAACUAGAAAAUGUAAAUAAUAAAUGCAUAACACAUUUAUUAAAAUUAACUAAUUACU